AUGAAGGAAAAAGUGCUCCAUGCUCUCAACACAACAAUGGGAAUGCUCUCCCUCUUGAUGAUCGGCUUCGGCCUCGGACUCAAAACCUUCUAUUUGAAAAUGCUGGAAAAUCUGACGGAAGACGCGCAAGUGAUCAGAUACAGCUCGCUCUUCUGCUACACGAUCUUCAUCAUCAACAGCAUGAUGCUCAUCUUAUCGCUGAUCGGCCACGUGAGUCGCUGGCUCAACCGAAAAAUGGUUUAUUUAUUGCUCCUCAUUUUCGUCUUUUCGACCGCGAUUUUGUUGCUGGUUGUUCUUGGCUUGUCUGUUGGAGUGUUUUCGAAUUUCAUUCCGACUCUUGCGCCGCUUCCGGAAACGACCAAGGAUGCGCUUCUGUCAAAUGACAAUAUCAAAACUUUCAUGGUGAUUUACAUCCUCAACUUGGGAGUUGACAUCAUCGUUUUGAUCAUCACUGGAAUCGUCGCAACAAUGCUCUUUUGUGGAAAGAAAAUCGACUCAAAAGCCGAAAUUUCUCAAAUCCCAAAAUCGGAGCUUUCUCGAUUUGCGGUUCCAAAAGAAAAACGCGCUUUCACCAGUUUUCAAUACACGAAUUUCGGAGAAGAAAACAAAGAGCCGCUCACAGUUAAUGACCUCAGAAGAAGCCAACACAACAUUGUUACCUCAUCAACAAGAAAACUGCCCGAUUUGCCGCUUUUUAACAAUUUCAAGCCUGUUUCUUAUUCAACCCGAAGAAAUCCUUCGGCUGUCCGGUCUGCUCCCAAUCUUCAUCGACUAGAAAAUGUGAUCUUGAUCAAUUCCGACUCGAAAACCGAUGAUUCAACAGCUGAUUCAAACGAAUCCGCCCCACUCAUCAAAAAACAAUGUCGAACGAGGCAUUAUGACCGUCGAAAACAGUGCAGUUCGGUUACAGAAGAAUCAGAUGUAAUCCGAGAUGCCGAUUUUGCCAACCUUCGUCUUCUCACUCGUCCGCCAAUUGGCGCUAUUGAUGAGUCGCCACCAGGUCCUUUUCGCCCCCAUCAUCGACAAAAGUCCCAGCCAAUACUCUCGGAAAAUCUGAAUCAAGCCAUGACCAAAUCAGAUGUUGAUGCAGAAGUCAACAGAUUACUCUACAGCUCGCAGAACAACUCAGUUCUCUCCGUUUCUGGAAACAAAGAACUCUGUAAAACUCGGCUGAUAAGCGUCCCCGAACCUUCAGAAAUCGAUGAUGAAGAAGAAAGCAACAACAACAACAACGAAAUCGUUGUCACCAAAUCCUCACCUUUUGGAUAUUCAGAGAUCAAGACUGCUUCGCCAGUUACCCUCUCGAUUUCGAUGAAUUCACAAAAUCAGCCCGAAAUCGUUUCUGACUCGAUUUGCCAUGUUUAA